CCAACAGCUCAAAUUUUUUAUAAAAAGCUCAUUGAGAGCACAAAAAUAGACACAACGUGGGAUUUAUUACGGUGGAAAGUGCGGCACCUGAAGGCUUCAUACAAUAAAGCAAGCGAUUGGCGAAUGUCAACAGGAGCAGGCCUUCUUGAGUCUGAUGCUGGGGCGUCGAGUGUUGAAGGCAAAGUGUUGCAGAUGUGCCCGCACUUUAAUCAGCUGAAAUAUAUUUUUGGAAAAAAAGCAACAAGUGAAUUACCAUUUGAAGUGGUUGAUAGUGGCAGUACGUCCAUAAUGAAUGAAAGCGCGGCCAGCCAAAUACUGGAAAUCACUUUUUCUGAUGUCGGCGAAGAAAUUGCGUCUCCAAUUGACAUUGCCAAUAUUGAAAAUCUACCACCAGGCAAAGUAAGUGAAGUGAUUGUUCCUGAAAAAGCAAAAGAUUUUGCGGAAAAAAUUAAAAAACAUGUCCCAAAAUCAUCUGUUGCAAAUCUUGUUGCUUUUCAAGUCGAGCGUAGGCAAAUGUUCAAAAUGAAAAUGGAAUGGGAAAAAGAGAAACAUGCAAAAGAUCACGCUUUGAAUGAAAGAAGGUUGCAAGCAGAAAUUGAAAGAGGUAAAGAUGAAGUAAUAUACAAGAACCGUGAAUUGGACUUAAAAAUCUUAGAAUUGGAAAAGGAUGAACGAUUAAAAAAACUUCAAAUUGAAAAGGAGGAACGCUUGCAAAAGUUCGAAAUUGAAAUGAAAUAUAAGUAUUCCUCUCACCAGUAAUUUUUCUGUACUUUAUUUAUCUCUUUUUAUUUAUCUUAA